AUGGCGGACGAGCGCCGCAGCAGCGCGGCCCCCGCGGCCGGGGACGCGAGGCGGCGCGCUGCGGAGCUCCUGCGCCGCGGCCUGCUGGAGGACGCGCCACGGGCCGGCCCCGCCGCGGAAGACCCCCCCGCCGACGGCCCCGCGGGGGAGGCGGUGGCCGCUGGCGCAGCGCUGGCGGCCGCGCUCGUGCAGAAGCUCCAGGGCGCCGCGGCACCGCGGCAGGCAGCUGGCGCUCUGGAGGCGCUGCGCGGCCUGCGGGGCGUGCGGAUGACCCCGGCGCUGCUGAGGCUCACCGGCGCUGGCCGGGUGCUCAGCCGCCAGUGCUGGCGGGGGCACGCCGACACGGAGGUUCGCGCGCUGGUGUCCGAGCUGCUGGCCUCGUGGCGCAGCGCGGCGAGGCGUUGCCGCGGGGAGGGGCGUGCGGGGUGGCGGCCCGCGGGCGACGACGCUGCCGCGGGCGGCGGCCAGCCCUGUGCCGCGGAGCAGGGCGGCGGCCGCUCGGCGGCAGAGGCGGCCCGCGAGCUGGAGCGCGCCGUGUUCGAGGCGGGGCUCGGACCGGGAGGCUACCGCGCCAAGGUGCGCGCCCUCGCAGCCGCGCUGCGCCGCGCGCCUGCCGAGGCCAGGGCCCGCGCGCGCACGGGCGAGCUGCCGGCGCGGCUGCUCGCGGCGGCCGGGGGCGAGGAGCACCUGCGGAGCGACUCGCAGCGGAAGCGCCGCGCCGAGGAGUCUCUGCAGUGCCUCGAGGCCUGCCUCGGGGCACGAGUGGGUGGCCCGGGCCGCCACGUGUUGGGCAUCGACUGCGCCGGCAGGGAUUGCCACGAGGAGUGCGAGAGACGGCACCUGGACGCGCGGGAGCGCGAGCGGGGCGGCUGGCCCACCCUGCCAGAGAGCCAGCUCUUGCUGUGCGUCGGGCCCGAGCGAUCCGGGAGCACCUGGCUGUACAACGCAGUGCGUUUGCUGCACAUCGAAUCGCGGGUGCCCUGCGACUCGUACUGGAUCGCGCGCCUGACCCGAGAGAAGUUGGCGGAGAGGCUGGCCGCGCGUCCGCCAGCCGUGGUGUGCGUGAAGACGCACGACUGGCACGCUGGUUAUGAGGACCUCGUUGGGCAGGCCAGCCGAGUGCUCCUCACUCACCGGGAUCUGAGGGGCGUCUGCGCAUCAUACCGGCGAGUCAAGUGGGACGUUGGGAUUCCGGAUGCGUACGUGGAGAGUCAUAUGCAAUGGCGGCGGCACCACACCAUGGACAUUGCCUUCGAGGACAUCCUGUGCGCGGGGCGCGAGGCCUUGCAUCGGCUGGCGCAGCAUCUAGGGCUGCCGGUGGCGGGUGACCCGGGCGGCCUGGAAGCUGUUCACAGCAGGCUCUGCGGGCUGAGGCGGAGCCACCUGGGCAACGCUGUGUGCCAGGUGACGAAGCUCUGGCCAGACCACGUCUCCGACGCGGCGAGACGGCUGCGAGACAAGGUCGCCGCAGGCGCGGCGCAUCCGCGGGCCGAGGAGCUGAACGCCCUGAGGGAUCCCGAGUACGAGCAGGUGUUGAACAGCCGCUUCUGCGCAUACCAGGCGCUCUACGGAUACGCGUGA